ACCACGGACUUAUUGAUGUUGGGUGAGUUCAACAGCAGAGGUAAAUGCCUUAAGUGGUUUGGUCACCGACGAGAACUGUCCCAAAAAUCUUAGUCUCUAAAGUCUUUAACAAGAUCAGGGGAUUACACCUAGUCUCAAUCAACACUGGUGCUCUGCGGCAGUUAAGAUGUUUGCUCAAGUGUAGAUCGAGGGUAUUCAGUCUAGCCUGCUAGAUCUUCCACCAAUGAAGAGAGCAAGACUGGUAAAACCCUGAGAUGAGUCCAACCUAAAGAUUUUCAUUGAAGAUGGACAUCCACAAUGUUCUUCCCUCAAAUGCCACAGUCUUCCGAGUGUCGGAUGGAGGAGAAAUGGCUAUUGGUGUCUACUUGGUGAUAUUAGGAUGGCUUUCUUGGAUUGGAAAUGGGGUUGUAAUAAUACUUUUAACCAAGCAAAGAAAGUCUCUCGAACCACAGGAUUUCCUGACUCUCAACCUUGCCGUUUCUGAUGACAGCAUUGCCAUUUUUGGGUAUUCUCGAGGAAUCCUUGAAGUUUUUGAUGUGCUUAGAGAUGAAGGCUAUCUUAUAAGGACAUUUUGGACUUGCAAGGUGGACGGAUUCCUAAUCCUGCUCUUCGGACUCAUCAGCAUCAACACACUGACAGCCAUCAGUGUCAUCCGCUACAUCAAAGGUUGCCAGCCUCAGCAUGCUCAUCACGUCAACAAGCGCAAUAUCUGCAUGGUCAUAGCAGCUGUCUGGCUGUGCUCUCUGUUUUGGGCUGGAGCUCCGCUACUGGGCUGGGGCAGUUACAGAGCUCGCGGGUAUGGGACGUGUGAAAUUGACUGGACACAAGCACUGUACUCUGUUCCGGUCAAGCUCUACGUCAUCAGCAUUUUCUUCUUCAACUUCUUUGUGCCAUUAUUUAUUAUAGUUUUUACAUACGUGUGCAUUAUCCGCACUGUCAACUCCAGUCACAAGUCCAGUCGGGGAGGAGAUAUCAGCAACAGGCAAAGAAAGAUUGAACGCAGCAUCACACGGGUCUCCCUCAUUCUGUGUGCGGCGUUCCUGUUGGCCUGGUCCCCGUAUGCAGUCAUUUCCAUGUGGUCUGCCUGGGGUUACCAAAUACCCCCACUCAACAGCAUCCUGGCCAGCCUCUUCGCCAAGUCAGCGAGUUUCUACAAUCCGUUUAUCUACAUUGGCAUGAGCUCUAAGUUCCGGAAGGACCUACGGGCUCUGUUCUACUGCCUCAGACCAACAUCAGCGCACAGGCACACCCCUAAUGUGCCAUUGGCCCGGCCUGGUGAUGUGCAGCUUGACGUCGACGGCUUUAAGGAGAACGAGCCGGUGGACCAUAAUGCAAGUGAAAACAUAGAGGAAGGAAAGGCAGAGUGCCCUGAAUCAGAACACCAGGACAGGCCUUUACCAGAGUCAGUCAAAAGUGUCAGUCCUCAUGGGUUAAUGAGGAAACCCAGCGACUCUGGAAGACUUUAGCUGUCUUUUGUGCUAGUUAAUGUCCUCUGAAUGUUUCUAUAAGAUAAUGAGAAUAAUAUUAGGACGUUCACUCUCUAUUGUUGUAAUUUUGCAACAGAAUAGAACACUCCAAGCUACGUCACGUUGUUUACAAAUGCUUCAUGUUGAACGUGAGGUCACUGUGUAAAUCCAAUAAAGUUGGGGUU